AGUAGCCUAGAAUCUUCUAUAUACACCCGCCAGUCCGCCAUCCUACGUAAAAGUGAAUAUGGACUCCCACCCCAAUAUCUAGUGUAAAAUCCAUUGCCAAAAUGGUAACCUGCUUUUCCACACCUUCAAACAAACUUCCCAUUAAAAAACCCACUAACACAUCUAGCAAUACACCUACCACCAUGUUACGACCGCAACUGAAGACUUCUCGCAGCUACACCCCCGAGGGUCCGGCUCCUGAGUUCUCUCUGUAUAUGGUAGACAACAUGGAGAACGUCCCCGCCCCGACCCCGCCUCGAACAGCCGUAGAUCCAGCUACCGGAUUAGAUAUCAGAUCUCUCCGAAUAGCAGAGAACGUAGACGACAUUCGACCACCAGCUCCGACAUCCCCCAGCGCGGUCCCGAACCCGGUCUCGUUCGUGAACCCGAACGCAGCUCCUACAGCGAUCCCACACCCAGCUCCUAGAGCAGUUCCUAGAUAUAUCCCCUGGGAUGGAUGUCCACCAGCUCCUAGAGCAGGUCCUUACCGUCUCCCCCGGGAUAGAUGUCCACCAGCUCCGAAACCCCCUGGAGCGAACUCAGCUGCAGCUCUAAGAGGCUUUCUUAGAGAUCCGAAAACGGUAGAGAACGUGGAGAACGUCCCUCCACCGGCUCCAACACCCCCUAGCGCCGUCCUGACCGCAGCUCCUAGAGCUCUCCCAACCCCAGUACCAGGAAACACCUCUCCUGAAGUCCCCGACAACGGGCUCCAUCGCUUUCUCGUAGACGAGACCUUCGCCGACAUAACCCUAAUCUACGGCUCCCACUCCACACGCGCCCACAAAAUAAUCCUCUGCUCGCAAUCGCAGUGGUUCGCGGAAGCUCUUGAAACCAACCCAUCUCUACCCACCCUCCCCCUCCCGCCCCUCUGCUGGACCUGGGCCCUCCGCGCCCUCCUCUCCCACCUCUACACCCGCUCCUACACCCCCACCUACCGCGCCCUCCUCGCCCACACCUCCCCCUCCCGCCCCGCCAUGGCCCCGCCCGAAUGGCACGCGCACGUCUACCUGCACGCGCUCCGCUUCGGCGUCCCGACCCUCAUCGCGGCGACCCUAACGAACUUCCGCGCCGCGUGCGCGCAGAUCCUGGCGCGUGCACGGGCCGCGCGGAUCCGGGGGGCGGAGGAGGUGGGCGUGGGCGGGGUGGUGAGGGCGGUGGGGGUGGUGUACCAGCAGACGCGGAGAAGAGGGGUUGGUGGUGGGAAGGAGGAGGCGAGGGGGGAUCAGAUGAGGAAGGUGUGUGUUGAGGUAUUGAGAGAGGGGUUUGUGCGGUUGAGUCGGGAGGGGGCGUUUGGGGAGUUGGUGGCGGGCGAUGCGGAGCUGAGGCGGGAUUUGGGGGAGGCGUUUCGGGGGGAUGGGGUUGAGAUGGUUGUGCAGCGGGUGAGGGGGGCUGGGGGGUUUAGGAUGGGGUAG